UUAUCGGCGAUCGAUCGAUCGCGCGCGCGACAGCCGAUACUCCGCGCGCCGCGGAACAAUCGGCGAUCGACGACACGUCGUCGAGGGAGAGUAGUAGGUGCGCGACUAUCGUCCCGCGAGUGCUGGUGGAGAGAUUUCUGGCUCAUUAUCCUCCCUGUACGAAUCCUCUCUCGUCGUCGGGGGAAUCCUGCGAGUUUCGUGUUCGACACAGCUGGAAUCGUACGAUCGUACGCGAGAGACGUGGAUCAUUGUAUUUCGUCGUGUGGCUUCGGGGUGAUAAAACAUAUCGUGUACGCUACACACGCUCUUCCCUCUCGCCCCUUCCCGUCCUCCACCACUCCUCGUCCGCCAGCGCGAUACGAUCCGCGAAACGACCUCGCAUUGUAGACGCGGUGUGUGUGGUAGUGGCAAGCAAAAGGUCGCGCGCGCUGCGCUGCGUAUUUGGGAGGAUUCCAAGUGGUCCAGCGGUGUGUCCUCGUCGAGAGGAUCGAAAUUAUGUUUGCCAGGGGGUAGCCGCCGAGACGAGACGCGUGCACGACGAACGAGCGAGCGAGCGAUUGAAGACGGAAUAUAGGCAGUCGGGAGUAAUUUCGCAACGAGCAACGCUUCGCGUGUCGGAGUGUCGCGACGAUGACAACGCGCGUCGCUGAGUGAGGUUGGCUUUUCGGUGGCCGAGAGAAUGUUACGGAGACAGAGUCGCUGCCGAAUCGUAGCGGAGCGACGCGGCGUCAGCGGGAUCUAGAGGAACGUUUGCGAGGAGAGCGAAGUGAAGAACGGCGAAGAAGAAGAAGAAGACGAGGAAGCGCGAAAACGAGACUACACGCGCGGUGCUGUGGGCCCCGGAGGAAAAAUAGACCGAGGCGUGAAAAUAGCAGGUGGAGCGGAAUAGGAGGUGGGAAACCGGAGACGAGAGAGACAGAACAGCGAGAGGAAGGCGUCGUAGGAAAGCGAGAGAGGCAGAGAGGGAGACACGCGACGAGGAGGAUCACCGUACGGCGUGGUCUUUCGGUUUCCGGGGUGUUUUUACGCGUGCGGUCGUCGAUCGAUAGUUUGCCCCGCGAGCUUGUGCCGGACAGGAACGACGAGUCUGCACUACGUGAAGGACGCGGCGCGCGCGGUCCUCUCGACGACAACGCAACCUUCGAGCUGCGAGUGACGGAGCGCGUGUGAGACGACAGGGUAGAAGAGAGGAAGUUUCCGAAGGGGCCUAACCGGAAGUGAUCGCUGCUCGUCGCGACGGUUGUCAAACGUCGCACGGACGCCCGGCGAUCGGAAGUUUCGCGGUGAUUUAUGGGGGACUUCGGUACGACGAGCCUCUUCUCGAGUACCCUGACCAGCCCGAAACCUAGCGCGACCACGAGCGGCGGCACCAACGGCAGCAGCAGUAGCAGCAGCAGCAGCAACGCCAGCGCCGCCGUCACCAUAACGACAUCAACGAUGCAGGACGAUCUGCUGAUCGAGAAGCAAGCCGCUGGCAAGCCCGCUCCGCUCUCGCCGAGCGGCGCGCUCGAUACCGUGGCCGGACAGGACAAGUCGAAGGACGCGAUCGAGACGGAGAGUAUCGCUAUCACGCCGACGACGCCCUCGUCAACGGAGAAGGACAUCACGUGCAGCACGACCUCGGCUUUGCAGGGCUUUGCCGAUCCCGGCGGCCGCGUGCCCAGCCUCUGGUCCGCGCCAGAUGACAGCGGUCUGCACGCCGCGUUACCGGUCAACGGCUCCAUCGCCGCCUUUCAAAAUUUUCCAACCGGCGGACCCGCGGGCCUAUUCGCCGGCAGCGGAACCGCCGCGGUGUCCAGCGGUACUCGUCGCGCUAUCACAGCCAGCCACAACUUUCCGCAGCAGCAACAACAGCACGGUAACGCGGGUGCUCCGGCUGGCACCAGACACGGCGGUCUGCAAGUGUCGUCCGCGCAGCAGCAGCAGCAACAGCAGCAGCAGCAGCAGCAACAGCAGCAUCAACAGCAGCAACAACAACCGCCGCCGACGUCACACCCGGGUGUCUAUCUGCCUGGCAAAGGCUACGCCGCGUGGUCGGGCGGGCCACAGGCCCCGCAGCAAUGGGGCGCGGGUCCGCAAGCUGCCGCGGCUGCGGUCGCCAGUCCGGGCCUGUCGCCCUGGAAUCGCGGCAGAUCCGUGCCCAAUUUACCGCCGCUGCACUCAUCCUUGCACGCCGCCGCGGCAGUGGCGGCUGCAGCCGGCCUACAAGGCCGCAAGCCCAGUCCAACGUUUCCGGGCCAUCCGGGUCCGGCGACAGCGCAUCCCUCCUGCAUCAGCCCGGUCAAGUUCCGUCGGAGCACUUCGUAUCCUGGCAAGGGCAACAUAUACCCGCCCCAACCUGCACCGACUUUCGAGGUCACCGCUGCCGAGGAGAGAGACCUAUUGCAGCUGCCGCCGUUCCAGCAGGAUCGUAUGACGGCUAAUGGAAAUUCACCACUGGACAACAUGAGGACCUUGGAACACUAUCUCAGCGAUAUUAUGCGAGCCGGCGCAGCGGAUACCCCAGAACAUCUGAAAGGAUUCAUAAACUGCAACGCCGCCAACACACUGCAGUCGCUCGCGCAGCUACAUGGUAAAUCUCCGUUCUUCCCGAGUCUCGAGGAGCAAAGUGGCACCUUGCUGGAAGAUCCGAAUGCGCCGAGCCAGCUCGACGGCGUCGGCGUCGGCGUCGGAGUCGGCGUCGGCGUCGGUGUAGGCGGCGGUAUAACGGCAUCCCAAGCGGCGCCGCUCUCGUCACCGAGUCGGAGCAGUCCGCACAGCCAGGGCAGCGAAACCGGCGAGCGUUUCUCCAGGAAAGUCUUCGUCGGCGGACUACCGCCUGACAUCGACGAAGACGAGAUCACAGCCAGUUUCCGUCGCUUUGGUCCGCUAGUCGUGGACUGGCCACACAAGGCGGAAAGUAAAUCUUAUUUCCCACCGAAAGGCUACGCGUUCCUGCUUUUCCAGGACGAAGGUUCGGUGCAGCAAUUGAUAGACGCCUGUAUCCAGGACGAGGACAAGCUUUACCUCUGCGUAAGCUCGCCCACGAUCAAAGACAAGCCUGUUCAGAUCCGACCGUGGCGACUCAGCGACGCCGAUUUCGUGUUAGACGCCUCCAUGCCGCUCGAUCCGCGAAAGACCGUCUUCGUCGGCGGCGUUCCGCGACCGCUCAAGGCCGUGGAGCUCGCCAUGAUCAUGGACCGGCUUUAUGGCGGUGUCUGUUAUGCCGGCAUCGACACUGAUCCCGAGCUCAAAUACCCUAAAGGAGCUGGCAGAGUCGCUUUCAGUAAUCAGCAGAGCUACAUAGCUGCCAUCUCAGCCAGAUUCGUGCAGCUGCAGCACGGCGACAUUGACAAAAGAGUCGAAGUCAAACCAUACGUUCUGGACGAUCAAAUGUGUGACGAAUGUCAGGGCCAACGUUGCGGAGGCAAGUUUGCGCCAUUCUUCUGCGCCAACGUCACCUGCCUACAGUACUAUUGCGAGCAUUGUUGGGCAACUAUUCAUUCCCGACCGGGUCGGGAAUUCCACAAGCCGCUGGUGAAGGAAGGCGCGGAUCGGCCUCGAGCCGUGCCUUUUCGCUGGUGUUAACCCCAGCUGCGUUGUCCCUAAUUAUCUCGCAGCCCUAGCUAAUUAACUACCACCUUUACCAAUACCCCCCCUCGCCCUCCCCUCACGUGCCCCAAAAACCAGCCCUCACCCCUCCACCCCUCCCAUCCCCCCCAUAUUACUUACUUACUUACCUACAACAAAAACACAGCCUCAAAACCGCUAUUACUACUACUACCACUCGAUCGUCACGUACUACCACUACUCUCUACUCUACUACCACUAUUAUUACUAUUAUUACUAUUACCUACUACCACAACUACUAUUCUACUACAAAUUACUACUACUACUCCACUGCUAUUACUUCAAGUUGUACCGGUUUAUACUGGAGGAAGAAACCAGCCGCUGCUGCCCGCCAGUCGAUGCAGGCAUUCGGCGUUGUUCCGAUCUUUGAUCCUUUCGCAUCUGUAACGAGCCGCUAAUGUGAACGUCCGUUACGACGUGCGGCCGCGCCGGUGUCAACGGCGAGACAAGCUCGCUGACGCGCUCGGCUUCAGCCGAAGCCCCUCCCAGACGGGCUUUGAUAUUCGACGAAGGCGCCGGAAGAUCGCAAGGAAGAAAGAGAACGAUCGGAUCCACGCCAAACCGAACAUCGUCCAGCCGGAAGAUAAACGAAGAGACACACGCCGAGACACAGGAUUCAGAAGAGAAACGGACACGGAUUCUCAGUAUAUUGAUUACUCGUACACGUAUAAUCCUAUCUGUCUACGCUGUAAAAUGCACCGGUUCUGUGGUCCGAGAGAUCGAGUAUCUUAGUUACCGCAAAUCUCGAGGAGUGAGCGAGGGGAAGCUGACCGGCCCUCCGUGCACACGCAUCCCGCGCUGUCGAUCGAUCGUCGGACGACCGAUCCUCCUCGAGUGUUUACCGAAGUCGCCAGUAGCGCGAUUGCGAUUCGGAUGCACCUUCGCGCGCGUCUCGAUCCGUCGCAAAUCACCCUCUUCCGAGUUUUGACUUGCCGAACGAAUGGAGAAGUUUCCUCUCCGUGUCGUCGAUCGCGAUCGGCGAGGAUUUUCGUUUCGCGGAACGCGAAGAGUGGCUUCUCGGUGAAACGGGCUUUCCCACCGACGCUGUCCACUUGGUGGACGAUCGCGAUCGGAAACCCGCGCUCCGAGUAGCAAUUCCUGCGCGACGAGUGUCCGUAAGAAACGCGAGUACCUGAUCCGUCGCGAAAGUGUGUUGCCAGCGUGAGCGAACGAAAGAGAAAGAGAGAGAGAGAGAGAGGGAGAGGAAGGGUGUGCGAGGGAGUGACAGUUGUAAGUGUGAGAGGAAGCAGCGAGAUCGAAAGCGACGCGUAGACGACGUAGAGCGCCGGUAGAAAACGCGGAAGAGAGUGAUAGGGAGAGGAUAGAGGCAGCGCUGAGAGAGGCGAACCAUUCGCAUUGGAUGUUAAUCGAUAAUGAAAAAAAGCCACGCUUCAAACCGCUGUGUAUUAGGUAAUUCUCUGUAUUACACAUAAAAACACACAUACAUUCACACGAACACACACACACACACGAACACAUACACACACGCGCACACACACACACAGUCUCCUAGCAAUUAAGAACUUACUAAAAAUAUGUUACAUAGGUGCGUUGUGUAAUGCGUUUCUCGUGCGGAUAACGCGACCGCGCGCUCGUAGGAGGGCACUUAAGAAAAUGAUUUUUUACUAAUUAACUUAUUCAAAUGAGAGAGAAAUAGUGUAGGGGAAGCAAACAAGGAAGACACACAAACGGGGAAACCGAAGGUUUAGGAAACAAAAAAACGAAGAAGGAAAAAUGUAUCACAUACAAACGACGCAGGAAGGGUUGUAAACGGAAAUCGUUGAAACCGAAAUAGUUCAAUUUUUUUAUGCGUACGCGCGCAUACUCGCGCACGCGAGUGUGAGCGAGAGAGCGGCUGUAUACGCCCGCGGCGUAACCGCGUACGGACAUGUGCUCCAGGUUGUCGAGGCUUGUUCUAGCCUCUAGCCUAGCCGUACCGGAUUCUCUGCCAAUACUUUCCCAAAACCGGUGCGAACGACCUUACGAGCCUUCGCGGGAAACGAAGGGGAGUGCGAAGCUUGCCUCGCAUCGCAGAGAGAAAGAAAGAGAGAGAGAAAGAAAGGGAGGAAGACGGUCUGCUACUUGUUCGCGGAGAAAGAGGGACGAAGGCCGUCGCUUGAGAGUGCGCAAGAGUGAGUAGAACAAAUUUUACACCCCGAUUUUACUACUAUUACGUGCAAUAAAAACGAUUAGCGAACGCGAAUAUCCUCGGAACGAGAUAUACACGCGCGUUUCCACGAAUUAACAGUGGUCGCUGGGUGAAACGAUUCGCGCUAGGUGGAACGUAUCGAGCAUCCACGUUUCAGAGUCCGUUCCUCUCUUCUUCGGGAACCCGAGCAGCGUUGCGAUCAUCGCGCGGCGAGAAACGGCCUCGCGCUCGGCUUCGUGGGACACGCGCGGGACACGGGAGGUAUUUCGUUCUCGAAAAACCAAAGUAGCGAUAGAAGCCGUGAUUCGUAGGGCGAGAAACCGAAAAAAAAAAACAGCGAUAUAUUUAGCGAUCGUACCUAAUUACUCUCUUCAUACGUCCGAUAGAUUGAUUGUGCGGCGCGUCUGAGGGGUCGCGUUUCGCGCGGAACACUUAUUAUAGAUACAUAUAUAAUAUAGAGCCGCAUGUUGUCGCUCCUGUACAUACAUACCGAUCCCUCUCUUUUAACCGAUUAAUCAAUUAACCGGCGUUCAUUAAUCGCGACCGCGAAUGUGCACGUUUCUUAAUCCCUUAAAACAAACGAACUUCUUCGCUGGGUGUAUAUAAUCAAACGCAAUCGCCGUAGUUCAAAUAAAGGAGUGAAAGAGCUCGCCGUGACGCCAUUUAUCGCUGGUUCCAUUCAGGAAGGGUUCAGAGAGUCUCUGGAUGGCAGAUCGGUAAUUUUAAGCGUGACGUUUCCUAUGCGCAUCCUUUUAACCGGUUUUAACAAACAACGUGAUUCCUGGCAGAUCUGACAACGACUUUUCGACGCGUUUUGCCCGAAACACAGCUUCCUGAACCGAUUCGCCGCCGUUUAGAAAUAUCGUUUAGAAAAUAUACCAGUUUCGAUAUCUUUGAAUACAUAAUGUAGGAUACUUUUGAUAACUAACCAGUAGGGAGCAGGCUUAGCACCGACACCGGAUGUUCGUCACCUUCGAAGUGACCCUUUUGUUGUGCAAAAAAGGCGUGUCUCACAAUACUUCCGACAAUAGCCGGGCGGUACCGUCGACGGAAUUCUUCUCGAAACAGAAAGCCAAAGGUCGAGGGUUAGGAAGCGUUGUGCUCGGAAUUAGUAUGCAACGUUGUGUGUUCCGCUUCGUAGAUGACAAAAAAAAAGCCACAUUCUGUACGUAGCAGCAAUAGCAGCAGCAGCAGCAGCAGCAGCAGCAGCAGCAGUCGGAAGACGUAGUUAAACCUCGCAUGACGAGUCUCUCUCGCGAUACUCUUCUUCUGCACACAUGUUCGGACUUUGUACAAUCCACAGAUACAAAUACACACAUACACACAAAAAUCGCGCGCAAAACAGCUACAUACACGUCUCCCGUACGAAGAGACAUACAUAUAUGGCAUAAAGCACACAGGCGAUGAUGCGACCAACGGAUUACGAUACACGUUGCGUGCGAAUCUAACGAGGAAGGGACAAAAAGAAGUAAUUUCCACAUAUAUAUAUACACAUAUAUAUUUAUUUUUUUGGUACUCCUUUUUGUAUAUAUAUCUCGUCUCGCCGUGUAGAGAUUAGGCGGCGUUUAUUAGGGCACCGCACGAGGAAAACGUGUUAUUAUAAGUGGGUAUUGUGAAGGAGGACAGUAAAAGGCGGCCGCGUUCAACGACGACCCUCCGUCCCUUCGUCUAAGACACGUUAUUCAGCUCGCGAAGUUACGAAGACGCGUGCGUUCAACGUGGACGGGAGUCGCGUGUAGCGUAAAAAAAAAAAGAGGAGAAAAAUUAAUAAAUCUAAUAAGAUAGCAAAAUGUGAGAGAAGGUGGAGAGAAGCGCCGUUCUCGUCGCGAUCCUCUUUGACUCGUGCAUCAUUGAACAUUGACGGAGAGCUAUCGAGCCGAGUCUAAUUGGAGUGGGACUUUUGUGUCGAGUUUGUCAACCGCGUUGAGGUUUUUGGAGAGAGAGAGAGAGAGGCGGGGUUAAAAAAGCAAGCACUAGGUAUAUUUUAUACACAUGCAUAAAUUAGUUGAUAGAAGAAAUACGUAGAAGUUUUUUAUUCGUUGCUAUCGCAAUAUUCUAAACAGACACAAUCGAUCUUUCUUACGCACUCGACGGCAGUUCCGAAUUGAGAGAAAAGAUCGGAGAGGGGGAGAAAAAGUCAAUACGAGACAGGAAAUGAAAACCACACACGAGAGACUCAGAGGAGAGCGCGAGAAAGGAGUGAAGGGCGAAGAACGCGAGGAGGAAUAAAAUAAACGAGAGAAGACGAAUGUGAGCAUUAGUUAGUGCAAUUUUACAUACGAGUCACCGUUCUCGUAAAUAGUGCAACUGAGAAAAGAGAGAGAGAGAGAGAGAGGGAGAGGGGGAGACAGCAAGGAA